AUGGCAGCACCAUUGACGUCGAUAUCAGCAUUUCAUUUGAAUUUAACAGCACCCUCUCCAGAGUUAUUUAAAGAAACUUGGGACUUCUAUGCCUCAAUUGGAUUUAGAUUGGCAAAUACAGCCAGUCCAUCUCAAGUCUGGCUGCAAUUGUAUGGAGAUCCUCACUCGGAUUUAAAUGGAAUCGCCAUCAAACUCUCUCUGGUGGAAAACUCGUCUGACGCGUUCAACAUUAAAUCACGUCAAGGCAAACUAGCCGUUGAUUUGGCUUCAACUGCAGCUGAUCUUGUCGAUUCUGCUAUAUUGACUCUGGUCGCAAGGAGUCUAAAAGAUGUUGUGACAAGUCUUGUCAAACUACAACGACCACACGCAAUGAUAUCUGGUCCACCUAAAGAACCAAGCUAUGUCUCUUCGCCCUCAUCGCCUACUGCCCAUGCGGCACGAGCACACGCAGAUGGGUGUGUCUUGACCUUUGACCCUCUACUCAACCUCAUUGCCUUUACAACUGCUGCACCACCCGUUGCACCUUCUUCAUAUCAUGGUAUAUCUCUCAAAGCAGCACCAUCAUCGCGUACAGAACCAGUAGUUAUGACUGGUGCCAACGGGAUUCCAUCACCGGCAAACGGCCUGUCGGUCGGCUUGACACCUAAAAAGAUUGGUAUAUUGACAUCUGGAGGUGAUUCAUCUGGUAUGAAUGCUGCCGUUAGAUCAAUUACAAGGAUUGCUCUCCAGAAAGGAUGUGUACCAUAUGCGAUCUUUGAAGGCUAUCAAGGAUUGGUGGAUGGAGGUGACAAGAUUAAAGAGCUUACUUGGAAUGCUGUUCGUGGACUUAUGCCUAUGGGAGGUACAGUUAUCGGUACAGCCAGAUGUGCAGCGUUUCGGACUCGUGAAGGACGCCUCAAAGCGGCCUUGAAUAUGAUUCUGAAUGGAAUCGAUGCUCUGAUUGUCAUUGGUGGUGAUGGUUCACUGACGGGUGCUGAUAUGCUGCGUGCUGAAUGGGGUAGUCUAGUGAAUGAAGUGAUAUCGAAAGGAUUGGCGACAGAGUCUCAAUGUAGUUCACUGCGUGAGCAUCUCACCAUUGUUGGUUUGGUGGGAUCUAUUGACAAUGAUAUGUGCUCCACCGAUAUCACCAUUGGAGCCGUCACAUCCUUACAUCGAAUCUGUGAAGCUGUAGACUCUCUUUCGUCAACAGCUCUUUCUCAUCAACGCGCGUUCGUGGUGGAAGUCAUGGGAAGGCAUUGUGGAUGGUUGGCAUUAAUGGCUGCAAUAGCAGUUGGUGCCGAUUGGGUGUUCUUACCUGAGAGACCUCCUCCGUUGGAUCCAGCUUAUGGAGACGAUUGGGAGACAGAGUUUUGUGAAGCUCUUCGCAUACAACGAGAAUUAGGAAAUCGUAAAACACUAGUGAUUAUAUGUGAAGGUGCCAUUGAUCGACAACUGAAACCCAUCAAGCCUGAAUACAUCAAAAAGGUCAUUGAUGAACGUCUUGGACUGGAUACUCGUGUCACGACGUUGGGACAUGUUCAACGUGGUGGUACCCCUUGUGCAUAUGACCGAUAUCUCGCUACAGCUCAAGGUGUUGAGGCUGUAGAAGCUGUCUUACGAUCAACUCCCACCACUCCUUCUCCGAUGAUUGGAAUGAGUCAAAACAAGAUUACAUCAGUUUCACUGAUGGAUGCCGUCAAGCUGACUCAUGAAGUCAGUGAAGCUAUUGCUCGCAAGGACUUUUCACAUGCUAUGGAGUUGCGAGAUCCGGAUUUCACUGCUGCGUAUGAUGCAUAUAUCGAAGCAACCCUGUUGGCUUCUGGACCUGGUGCACGAAAAACUGAUCUGCCACUAAGAAUCGGUAUUGUACAUGUCGGAGCUCCAGCAGGAGGCAUGAAUCCUGCCACCAGAACUGCAGUGCGUCUAUGCUUGAAUCGUGGUCAUACUCCAUUAGGCAUUCGAGACGGUUUUGUUGGACUCGCUCGUGGAGACGUCCAAGCUCUAUCCUGGAAGGAAGUCUCCAGCUGGGCUGUAGCUGGUGGUUCCGAGUUGGGUACAAAUCGUGCUCAUCCGAAACCAUCAGUCAAUGCGUCGCUUCAAAUCCGUCCACGGGGAGUAGAAGAAUGGGUUGAAUUGGGUGUCGUCGCCUAUCAGUUACAAAAGCAUAAUAUCCAGGCUUUGAUGAUUGUUGGUGGAUUUGAAGCCUUUACUUCUUUAUUGACUAUGGUGGCAUCACGUAAAGAAUACCCAUCGUUAUGUAUCCCUAUGAUUCAUUUACCUGCCACUGUAUCUAAUAAUGUCCCUGGAACGGAUUUCUCUAUCGGAUGUGAUACCGCUCUGAAUGCUAUUGUUGAAGCCUGUGACCGUAUCAAGGUGUCGGCUAGUGCUAGUCGACGACGAGUGUUUGUAGUUGAGGUUCAAGGUGGCGAGUGUGGGUACUUGGCUGUUAUGGGAGGUCUAACUACUGGGGCUAUGAACGUUUAUACUCCAGAAGAAGGCAUAUCUCUGAGCAUGUUGAGCACAGAUGUUGCUCACUUGUGUCGACGAUACCGUGAAGAAGAGGUUGCCCAAACAGCCUCAGAAGGACGUGUAGUACUUGUCUCAGAGUACGCUGCCGCCGAUGCAUUCAACACUACGGUGAUAUCCAAUAUAUUCAAACAUGAAGGAGCAGGUCUUUUUGAUUCCCGAACUACUGUACUGGGUCAUCUACAACAAGGAGGUAUACCAUCGCCACUAGAUAGAACACGAGCUACUCGGCUGGCUGUGAAUUGUGUUGAUUGGAUUCAGGAACGAGCUGCAUUAGCAGUAAUGACUACCCGAAUUGGAUACCCUAGUGUGUAUGCCAAUGAUUCUGCUGAUGCUGUUGUUAUUGGUAUUCGUGGUGCCCAGACCGUGUAUACGCCUAUCAUGGACUUGUUGUCUGAAGUGGAUAUAAAGAGAAGGAGAGGGAAUCUGACUGAAUGGUGGGCACACUAUCGAGACAUUAUAAAAGUCUUGUCGAAAUACACCUUCAAGGAAAAGGAAGGUGUUAUUGGAGAUGCAGGUGAACAGUUGAGGAAGUUGGGUUGA